AUGAGAAACGAAACGGUCAUGACGAAUUUAAACGAUUAUACCACCGUUAGAAAUCAUCAAAUCGCGUCGAAAGAAGUCGUGGACAAGAAUAAAAACGACGUGUACGAAGGACGAAGUUUGGAAAAUGGUUCCCACAUGGAAAACGUAAACAGUAACACGAUGAAAAAAAUUCGAGUGAGUUCAAACGAACGGACGCAGACGAACAAUCGCGGUUACGAAACGUUCAGAGAUCAACCAACGAAAAUCGUCACCGUCGGUAAAGGAGGAGGAGGAGGACACAACAAAACGGAAACGACAAUUUUUCCAUUCGGUAGAAAAUCGACGCCGAUUUCGAACGUUCAAUCGUUGAAAAAUUCAAUUAAAUUCGGUCCCACCGGACAAACGGAUUGGGUUCCGAUAGUGCCGGACAAAUUGACUCAAAGGCAAAUGAUGUCCAACAAACCCCAAGAACAUUAUCAUCAUAACAACAAACAAGUCACACAAUCCGUCGUGUUUGUACAAAAAAAGAAUAAAACGACGAUGGACAAACAACAUUCGUCGAUCGUGUUUCCGUCGGACGAUGUGGACAUGCUCGAAAGUGAUUUUCAAUUGAAAAACGUGGAAAUUCAAAAAACGACGACGUCGACGUCGACGAGACGAAACGAUGUGGAAAAAAAAUCAUCGACGGACGAAUCUUUGAAUCUCAACAAAAUGGACCUGAAUAAAUCACCCAUAAAAUUUCAAGGUCCGGUCGAGUACAAGAAAUCAAAUCGAACGGGAGAUAAUUCGAAAAGUGAUAAUAAUAAUAAUAACGGUGAAAAAAACAGUUCGGAAAUGGCGAUACCUGCCACGGGUGUGUCGUGGACGCUCGCAACAUUAAGAGUUCCCGUAUCGAGUAAAUCAACGGAAAAACCUGGCGGAAUCACGGAAACGAAUUUACCAAAUUUUCAAAAUAGUAGUGCGAACCUUACGGAAAAAUUUCCGCAAAAUACCAUCGUCGUCGUUCCUCCGGAAAAUACCAAAAUGGAAAAUGUUACAAAAGAGCCAAACGUCGUGACUAAUUCCACUCCACACGUAAAUCUCAAUUACAAUUCCAUGAUGACGCCGGUCCUCAAUGCCAGUUCAACAAUCACGGAAGCAUUUAGUUUUACAAAAAGUUAUUCGAAUGUCACGUCACCCGUAGUAAGUCAUGACAAAACAUGGUCGACAUUGAAAAUCGUUAAUCCGACUCAUGAAUUUUCUAAAGCGAGCGAGAAUAUAACCCAAACGUCUACUCCUCAAAUGAAUGAUGAUGAGGGGUCUUCUGCUGAUACCGGAACACCGACGACUACUGAAAUUUUCAAUAAUUUCAACACGGUACCAGAUAAUUGGAGUAAUUUGUCAUCGUCGUCAACAACCCCCGACGUAGAAAUAACUUCGAUCGGAUAUAACGAUACGAAAAAUUCGGAAGAAGUCGUGCCUUUGUCGAUAGCACCAGAAGAUAUCACGAGUCAGACGGUGGCAUCGGCGACAACAGACAAAACAACUGAUUAUUUUACGUCGGCAACCACUUCGGAACUGGAAGAAACUACGUUACCAUCGUCAUCUACAAAAAUCGGGUCGUUUGAAGACAUCGACGUGGACGAGGGUGAAAUCGGAUCGACCGAAACGGAAUACAAAUCGACGACGACCGACACAACAAUUAAAACGGAUGAAAAAUCGACGCUGACUUCUUCAGGUGAUACUUUACCCCGAGAAGAAAGCAACAACAACAACAACAACGUCGAUGAAACUACAACGAAGACAAUUUUGUUUCCAAAAACUAGGCCAACCACGGAAAGCUCAUUUUUUAAUUUAGGUCAAAUGAAUGAAUCGUCGUCCACACCGUCAUCAUCAUCACCAUCGUCGUCGUCACCGUCAUCACCGUCGCCGUUUAAUAAUAACAAAACAGUUUUAUCGAAAGAAAAACCAUUCACAGACAAUUCGAUACAUUCCACAACGGAAAGCGACAGGGAAAAAAAUAUAUUUCAAAUAUUUUCAACGGAAUUACCAACGCGGGGAAUCACGUUGGCAGACGUGGUCACGCCGCCGACGAUCGUCGGAAACGACAAUAAAACGAAAACAACGAUCACGACCACCGAUACGUACGCGACACCGUCUUCGAUUUUAACUACGGCCAUUCCACCGAUCGUCAGUACCACCACCACCACGUUCACCACAACAAAAUACGGAACGAGUCCCUCAGAACGUACUACUCCGACUUUGAGCACGGCGACUACAACAACUUUCACUCAAUCGACAACAGCCACGACACCAACGACUCCACUUCCUCCCGUCACGGAAUCGAAACAACCGAAAACGACAGAAGAAAGCAUUUACUAUCAAAAUUACAUACCGACGACGUAUAAUCCGUUCGACGAGAUAACAGAAGAAAACGUUCCGGCUUACCUAAGACUAACCGUUCAAACGAGUUCUUGGAUGGAAUUAUGCUCACUCAAAGAACCACUCCGAGGAGCCAUAUUAAAAAUGUUAAACGGAAGAAACGUCACGUCGGAUUCGAUUCACUUUUUAAAUUUGAGUGACAGACAUUGUUUGGAAAAAAUAGAAGAAACGAGGAGGAAAGAAUCGAAUCGAACGGUUUUCCUCCCCGUCAACAUGUUUCUCAUGGACAAAAACCGAGAUUUCGAUAAGAAUUUAAGCGAAGCUUUUCUCACUCUGUGGGGACGUCACGGAUUGGAUUUCGAUUUACCGGUAAGCUAA